GGGACUUCGGUGGCACACGAUGGCACAGGAAUAUUUUAUUCCAAGUUCCAACAAUAAACAGUUGUCUUCCUAUUUGCUGGGAACGGAUGGAUUAGACGAAAAAUGAUGAUAGAGAGCUUAUUAGUCAUUGUGUAUUUACGAAUUAAUUAUGUGCAUAAAAGUGCGGAUGGCAGGGAAUAUUGAGUGGCCUGAAAAAUGCAGAAAAGAACGUGUAGUUAGUAGUAUCGGUUUUUUAACUGGGGGUUGUUGGCCAUUCGUAUCUGUAUCUUUCCCGUCUCGUAAAUUGUUCGUUCAAUAUUUAGAAAAAAAUUAUACUAAAUACACCUACAGAAAUUCAAUAGAUAAAAUAACAACGUAUUGUAGUGUGAUAGAUUUAUGUUAUUUAUCUUCUGAAUGAAGUAAACACCAGUAAAUCGGUAAUCUUGAAUCAGAUAUCAGCAAGUGAAGUAGAAAAAUGGUACUCAGUAGAAAUGACAAAAGAAAGAGGAAGGAAGGUGAUCUCGUGGAUCUUAUGGACCCCCUUUCAGAAUCACCCAAAAGAACCAAGGUCCAUGCGCAGAGAAAAUUUGCUCAGGGUGUAGCAACUAUAUUUGGUUCCACACAGACACCCAUUAAGGAAAAAGAAAAAGCAAAGCCUGCAGUUAUCACGGAACUGAUAACCCACAAGCGUCCCAACACUGAAGACUUUUUGACAUUUCUAUGUUUUCGAGGAACUCCAAUUCUUCCUCCAAGCCUAGAUUUUUUCAAUGUUGGAGCUAGGAAAGAAAAGCAGGAUCAGAAAACACCAAGUAAUUCUGUCAAAACUAGUUCAUCUUCCUCUGCCAUAUCUAGUUCUAUACCAGACACAAAAUUAACCACUAGUAUUCAAAAAGUAAAUGCAAAGAACAGCAAUGGCUCAGGUGAAAAAAAAACUACCAUAGAGAAAAGCAUUACUAAAUACAAAACGACCACGUCAACAGUUCAGGCAUUAAAAAAGAAAUAUCAAGAACAACGUCUGGCCAAACAGAGAAUUAAAAACAAAUUUAAACCUACCUGUGUGAUGAGAACACGUUCGUCUACCGAUCAAUCGAAAAUAAAAGCUGCAAGCACUCUGCCUCCUAGAAAGUUUAUUCCCAAGGUUGAAACAAAGAGACAUUGUCUACGAAGUAGCGUACUUGCAAACAGAGGAAAACAUGUGGGAGUAACAAAAGUCAAGAUAGAUUCACCUAAACCAAAGAAGAGAUCCCUUGUAAAAGCAAAAUGUGACUAUUCUUCUAACAGUGACGUUGAUAUGUCAUCAGAUGAUAAUAUAGCUAUGGUUAAAUCGUCACAACGUUCUAAACGCCAAACAAAAGUUCCGAAAAAAGUCUGCACACGAAGCAAGUCCGAAAUGAGGAGGAUAACAAGGUCACAUAGGGAAACUGCCCAGCCACCAGUUCUAUCCAGGCGUCCGUCUAGGAAGACUAAAGAAGCUGCGGCAGUUUACAUGGAAAUUCUUGGCCGAAAAUUAGUCAGUCCAGAUUUAGAUAACGAAGACAAUUUAUCACUUGAUAGUUUUCCCGAAUUACCAAAUGCUAGGCGGAUUGCACAAACUGAAAAUGAAAUCCGAGCAAAAGUCAGACAAUCCUCCAAAGCAAAUAAUAAAGAUGUGGCAAAGCCUGAAAGUUCCAAGGCAACCACUACACGGCUCAGCAAAGAUAAAGUUGAUAAGAAUACAACAAAGAGUAAACGACCAUUGAAAGUACAAAAAUACUGUGAGCUAGACAGUGAGGAUGAUUCCGCAAGCUCUGUACAAUCUGAGAAUGUAAAGCCGGUGACAAGGAGAAGUCUUGGAAAAUUAACUGAGACGUCAAGUAGAAGUCUUCGAUCAUCCCCAAGGAUAAUAGUUACAAAAUUACAACCUCAGAAGAGUACAAAACCAGAGAAAGAUAAAAUAUUAGCCAAGCGAAAGCGUGAUCAAAAUACUGGAAAGUUGAGCCCCACAAAGAGUUAUGUAACUAAGCUAAAGCCAACUAAAACGAAAAACAAGAAUGAGAGCUCCGAAUCAGAUGAAGAAACUCUAGGAAUGUUGCUGGAUAAGUUGAUGAAAAAGAAAGCAAAGAACGAGUCCGUCAAAUCAGAACAAACGGGACAGGUUAAGAGUGAAAAUAAACCUUCUGUUAAUACGUCUCAUGGGAAAUGUGACAGAUCUAAAAUAUCUGACGACGAAGAGUCUUUUCGUGGAUUUUCCAAUAAAGCCAUAUCUAAGGUUUUGAACUCUUGUCAUACACAUGUCAAAGCAAAUUUACUAGCAUCCGAGGAGGCUGAGGCGAAAUUGGAAGUGCUUAAAACACAAGACACGCCCCAGACAGAUACCUCGGAUAUAAGAAAUGAGCAAUUCUCUGUUCUUGAUACAAAGCCAGUUACACCGGAACCAGUUAUUAUGAGUUAUCCCAUUGGCAAAUCUGCUUCUGAAAAUUUACUAUCCUCGGAUAAUAAAGUAUUACCAAUAGCUGAGCCUCCAGUAACAUUGAAUACAGAAGGAGUUUGUGAUCAUGAACCGAGCAAUUCUACAGUCAAUAUCAUUGACAUGCCUCGGUCGGCGACUCUUGGGCGUAAAGAACGAGUGAACAUGUCUACAGAGCAAAUUGAAAAGUGGCUAAACGAAAGCUCUAUGGCAAAAGAAGAGAGUAAAGCAGAGAUGGAAAAUGUUACUAGCUUCAAAUAUGAAAACGCGCCAAAAGUCAAAAGUGACAUCGGUCACAUAUCCAUCUCUACCAGAAUACAACAUUUGGUUCGCCCUGUUAAUAUAAGUCUUGCUAAAACAACUGAAAAAAAUUGCUUCAAGCAAAUUGGUAUUCAAAAUAGAAUGCCAUCAAUAACUAACUUAAUUGUUCCAAAUCCACUGCCUAAGCAGCAGGGGAUACCUACAAAUCGUAAUAGAAUUAAUGCCGACAUAAAAGAAAUUAUAAAAGGCAGGAAUAUGAAAACUAGUAAAGAUUCUUCUUUUGGCGAAGAUAGCGACGCUGUUUCGAAAUCGGAUCAUAACUCCGUCGAUGGAUCUCCAGAGAAGAAGUCACCGGAAAGAAAACUGCUUCAAUUACGAAAACCUUUUUUGCCCAAGGUAAAGGAGCGCAAAGACAUCACUCCAAGUGCUAACGCAUUUUCUCCAGAGAACGAAAGUAGUGUGUACGCAUUUGAGAGUGAUACUGAAACUCCAAUUAGCACACCGUUUAGGCGUAAGCUCAAAGAUAUGGAGAGUAAACCAGAUAGCGUUCCCUUAGCUUCCGAAGAUGAUGCUACGAAGACCGGACACGAUGUUUCGGAAAAACAAAGUGAGCAAACCUCCGAUACUUCAAAACCAAAUCAAUUCGAGUUACCAAAAAAUUUUGCCGAUUUAGCCUCGAUGCAGGUGUUGCCUAUCGAUAAAUUAACGACAAGUUGGAGCAACGUGGGCUGCAGUGCAUCUAUAGCUGUACAAGUUAAUCUCGAUGAACAAUCUCAGGAGCCACAGGUCGUGGCGGAUGAUUUGAUUAUGAAGAGUACCGAAAUAUCUACUCAGACUGAAGGCAAUAAUGAAAACGACGACGAUAACGAAGGUCAACUAUUUUACAUUCCCUUGCAAGCUGUUACUAGAAAUGGACCAAAUUUGGUACAGGGACAACAGUUGAUACAGGGUGUAGCUGUCAAACUUGGCACAGAAGGUCCAACUGGUCCAAAUCAAAGGGUCUUAUUGAGAGCUAAACUAGUCACUAAACCACCUUCAACCGUAGCUCGAUGCCCUCCUGUUGGUACUGUACAGCCAACAGCUCGUAUACCACAAAGUUCUGGAACUCUAAUGAUCGACACACCGGGCCCAUCAACCUCUGCUGCCAUACCUAUACCUUCUACAUCUAGCUUUCAGCCACCGUUACCUAACAGAACUGUCACCACUGCGCAAACAACUACUCGUCAAAACGCUGCUACUACAACGAGUGCAAGUUUCACAACAGAUAAAAUUCCGAAAUCUCCUAAAACUUCUAGAGAAAGAAAGACUUCGAUCGAUUCUGUAAAAAGCGGUAAACGGCCCCAAUCUAAGUCUAAACAAAAGGCUGCGGAACUUUGUUCACCCAGUAACACGACAACUUUUCCAAGCCCAAAAAAUCCCAAUGAAGAAGCGCGCCUGGUCGAAGCACCCACUUUUCAUCCCACUGAAAAAGAUUUUCAAGAUCCGCUGGAGUACAUAGAUAAGAUACGACCAAUUGCUGAGAAAUUUGGUAUUUGUCGUGUGGUACCACCGCCAAACUUUAAGCCGGAAUGUAAAGUAUCCGACGAUAUGCGGUUUACCGCGUACAAUCAGUACGUACACCGAAUGUUGCACAGGUGGGGACCCAAUGUGAAAGAAAUGAUGGCAAUUAAAAAAUAUUUGGCUACGCAAAGUAUUACACUUACUCAUCCCCCCUGGAUCGGUGGUAUGGAGGUGGAUCUGCCACACUUGUAUCAAACGGUGCAAAGUCUUGGUGGUUUGAAGGAAGUUAUUGAAAAAAAAAAAUGGCAGAAAGUGGCCGAUGGCAUGAAAAUACCGAAAUCUGCUCAAGAUCGAGUAACCAAAUUAGAUGACAUAUAUUGUAAAUAUCUAUUGCCAUACGACACACUUUCAACAGAGGAGCGGGAAAAAUUAUUCGACGAAGUAGAGACUGAUUGGGCAAAACGAGAAAGCAAAGCUUUACAAAUACAGACCGCACCAUCCAGUGACAACGACGCCGAGGACGAUGAUGAAGAUAGUUCAGACGACACCGAAGAAUGCAUCGUCAAAGGGAGAAAUAUGCCGCUGAACGCGUUUUACCGCAUCGCACGAAACACGCAACGCAUGUGGUUCGGCGAAAGUCAGCCACCGGCCGGAGAAGCGGAAGGCGCAUCCGCUACGGAGGUUGAAACAGCGUUUUGGAAACACGUAGCGGAGAGAAAACGACACGUAUGUGUUCACGCAGCCAGUAUCGAUUCAAGUGGUCGAGGUUUCGGAUUUUCGGUUGCGAAGAACAGUCCGUUUGCUAGGCACCCCUGGAAUCUCAAAGUGCUGACCAACAACGCUGGCUCAGUACUCAGAGCACUAGGACCUCUAAUGGGUGUUACCGUCCCAACGUUGCAUGUCGGAAUGCUAUUCAGCGCCUGUUGUUGGUACAGGGAUCCGCACGGUUUGCCCUGGAUAGAAUAUUUGCAUACGGGUGCCAAAAAAAUUUGGUACGGUAUUCCCGACGAGCACAGCGACAACUUCAGAGACGCUUUAGCUAAAAUGGUUCCCCGUUACUGCAAAAGCAAAACGAUUUGGUUACCAUCAGACACGGCUAUGGUUCCACCGGAGUUAUUGGUGAAGAAUGGAGUUCCCCUCUGCCAAACCGUACAAGAACCAGGACAAUUCAUUGUUGUAUUUCCCAAAGCCUUCACGUCAAGUAUAUGCACCGGAUACGUAGUUUCGGAGAGCGUUUAUUUUGCACAAUCUUCGUGGCUCGCUACUGCGGAACAAGUCUUCAAGGACAUACAAGAGAGCUGUGAACCGUCAAUAUUUUCAUUCGAGAGACUGUUGUUCAGUAUUAUUAAUGAUUCUAGAUCCCACGUCGAUGUACUUAAGCAGAUAUUACCAACUGUGAUGAAUAUUCGUGAGAGAGAAUUAGAAUAUCGUAGAUUAUUGGAAAACACUGGUCUAACGAACACCGAGAGGCUACCUCUACCCGAUAGUGGAAAACGAAGAAAAGGAAAAAAAGUCAAAGAAGAUGACGGUGACUUUGAAUGUGAAACUUGUCGCGCUAAUCUCUUUGUUUCCCUAGUAAGCAAUUCGCAAGAUGAUUGCGUUUACUGUCUUCCACAUGCUUGUCACAUACUUUCUAGAAAAAAACAGCUACUGAAGCAUUCUACUUUGAUGUACACGUAUAGCGAGGCGGAAUUGGAUGAUCUCAUACAUAAAUUGGAGGAUAAAAUUGAAGCCAAAUCUAAGAAGACUAAUCAAAUGAGACCAGCUAAAUAGAUGAAUAAAAGAAAAAAAGGUUGUGGUGAUAUCGUAUUUAUUUAGUAGAUUUCGCGUGUAGGUAAUUAUUUAUAAAUUCAUUUUAACGUUAACCGAGGUCACUACCUAAUCAUUAGAUACAGUAUAUUCACGAAUCUACGAUAUUAUUUAUUAUUACGUCAUUUUUUUGCUGUGACGAAAAAAAAAUUAAAAGAAAACGAGAAUAAUAAUAAUAAUGAUAAUGAUAACAAGAAAACAUAGUAUAGGUACAUACAUACAUAUAGUAUAAAGUUGCCUUGAUAUGGCAGGUGAAAUAGUUUUCUAGAUAAUAAUAUUUAGGACGUCGAUUUUUGCAAAUCAAUUCUAAACGUACGAGCGAUUUUGUAAAGAAGAUAAAAAGUCAUUCAAUAAGGAUAUAAAUUAAUGUAAAGAGAUGUUUUUAUCGAAAUGCCAUCAAAUUUUCUAUUUAUCAACCCAACACAUCGAUGUGCUACCUUCACUCUUGUACAUGUGUUGUCUCAUUUCCAUGCAAUUUCUCAUCUGAAUGGUCGUAUUAAUCUUAGAUUCAGUAGAUUAUUAUAAUUAAACGAUAAAACAAAAAAAAUGUCGAAGUAUAAAUUAAUGACGAAUCAAUUAAAUGUUCUAGUAGCUUUCAACUGACGAAGAGGUGGCCGUUAUUCGCCACGUUUUUUUGGCUUUUUGGACUCUAGUAAGCUCAUGCUAUUUCGGAUGAUGGAAACUCAUUUGGGAUACGCGAGCUGUUUUAGUGAAAUACUGAGAUAAGGUGAUCAUUCUGCAAUGAAUUUGAGAAACGAUUAUUUUUUUUUCCUUUCAUUCGUUUAAUGAAUAUAGUUUAAAUUUUUAAUUGUACCAUGGAAAGAAAAAAAAAUCAAUCGAUUCGCGUAAACGAUAUUAUAAGAUAUUUCAGAUGUAGUUCCUCAAUGUAUUGCUACCAAAUUUCAUAAAUUGAUACAUGAUGCUUUAACUAGUGCAAAAAGGGAGGAAAAAAACCAACAAAAUAAGAAAAUUACAAAACGAGGCUUUUUCUGUGUAGUAACGAGUGCCAAAUUGAUAUUGAUAUAUACAAUACGAGUCUCUUUCAUUUAGUAUUAUCCAUUUAUCUGUUAUUAGUAAUGUCAUGAAUUGGAAACAUUUGCUGAUUCGAAUUGCAGUACCAAUUUAUGUAAAAAAAUCAGUGAAAAACUGAUAUAAAUCUGUAUAUUUUUAACCGUUCAAGAAAAUAACUGUUAUUUCUACGUGCAUUUGUAUGUAUCAACUAGCGCAUUUAAUUUUAUUUUACAUGAGACGUAUAAAUUAUUUACUAUUUAGAAUAAAAAUAUAUACAUCACGAACAUCUCUA